AUGUUCCUGUGGAGUGGUCUUGCGUGCAUCCCAACUUUUUUGUGGGAUUUCUCCGGCGUUCUUGUGAACUUAUGUGUUUCUUUGGCAUUUUUGUGGAAUGGCUUUGCAUUCUUUUCUGGCAUUCUUAUAAGUGACGUUUUUUCUUCAUAUGGGGCUUGUCUUGUCUUCGUUGGAUCUGGAAAUUGCGCGGACGUAGCUCUUGGUGAGUAG